AUGGCCGCGGACGCCAAGCGAUCGUACGCCGACGCGGCGAAGGAGGCGCUUGCCGCCGACCCGCCAAAGGAUGGCGCUCAGGACGAGAGCAAAGACACACCGCUUAAGACGCCGCAGCUCGUGCAGGAGCUGCCGCACGAUGCCGCGCAGCUCAUCAAGGAGCCGCGCGUCGCCUCGGCCGCCCUCGCUCUCGAGACCGCCGCAAGCAUCCUGUUCCGCCUCGUGGUGUUUGUGUUCCUGCGUGUGAUCCCGGGCAAGUUCGCUUUCAAUGCCAUCUACCUGUUUGGCGCCUAUGCUCUGGCAUGGAGCGUGUACGAGCUCUCGCUCUGCGCACGGGGACAGUAUGCGCAAGCCUCGCCGAAAGAGGGCGUGCUCGCUUUUGUCCUGGGGCGCUCGACGCGCGACCGCCGUGUGAAUCUCGCGCAGCUUGCCGUGCACACGCUCUUGCUCCUGCUGUUCCUGGACAGCUACUAUUCGCCCUACAUGUUUCCGUCGUACCGCGAAUCGCACCUGCGGUUUGCGCGCAUCGGCGCGCUGUCGCCCACGUCGGCGACGCUGCAUGUGCGCUAUCCCCAUCCGCUGCCUGUGCUCGACGGGCUCUGGGAGAACGACAUCGAGGGCGGCGUAUUGCAGGACGCUAGCAAGCUCGACGAGACGCCGGUGCGUGUCGUGUGGCGCGCCGCGCCGGAGCUCGACGUGAGCGCCCAGGACAUGCUGCGCGCGGGUGCGACGGUGCGCGAAUCCCGCCGCUGGGAGCGCGGCCCGCUCCUCAAGCUCACGGAGAAUGCCGAUUGGACAGCGACGGCGACACUCCGCGACUUGUGGCCUGCGACGCGGUACGAGUGGCGCCUCGCAUUUGUGCAUAACAACACGUUUGCGCCCCUGCCCGAGCGCCCGGUGCCGUUUGUAACGUGGCCGGAUCCCCGCCUGUCCAACUUCCUCAAGACCAAGCGCCAGGCGCCGUCCACAGACCGCGCACCGCUCGACGAUCCGAACCACUUUACGUUCGCGUCGAUCUCGUGCGUCAAGCCCGACUUUCCCUACCACCCUGCGCAGUUCUACGGCUGGAACUGGCUUUUGAAGGCGCUUGGUAUCGGAGCCAAGCAGGGCGGCAUUGCGCAGCGCAACCGGAUUCGCGGCUUUGACCUGAUGGCCGACCGCCUCGCGAGCGGCGCACGGCCGGGCAUCCGCUUCCUGCUCGAGCUUGGCGACCUGAUCUACGCCGACGUACCGCGCUACGAGGGGCCGUCAGUGGAUGCGUACCGCAAGCUGUACCGCAACCUGUUUGCUUCCAAGUCGUUCCAGCGCAUCUACUCCAAGAUUCCCGUGUUUGGCAUCUACGACGACCACGAGAUUGUCAACAACUGGAGUGGGGGGGGAUACGGCGCAGAAGACGCGAGCCCGAGCGACCAGGUCGCGAAGGACUAUGAGCGCCACCCGUCGCCGCCGCCGGGCCUGCCGGGCGGCCUCCAGGCUUGGGACGAGUACGUGGGCAACGCGAACCCCGAGGCACUCGCCAAGGGCGAGCACUUUUUCUCGUUCCAGUACGGCGACUCGGCCUUCUUUGUGAUGGACACAAGGAAGCACCGCGUGCACCCCAGCUACCCCGGCGAAGAGCGCUCGACACUCGGUGUGACGCAGCGCGAUGCACUCCUCUCGUGGCUCAGCCAGGUGAACAGCACGGCAACGUUCAAGUUCCUCGUCUCCUCGGUGCCGUUCACCACGCUCUGGGGGGGUCCUUUGGACUUUGACGGGCGCAAGGACGGGUGGUCGGCGUAUGCGGAAGAGCGCAAGAUGAUUCUCGACGUCAUCCAGUACGUCCCGAACGUGAUCAUCUUGAGUGGCGACCGCCACGAGUUUGCCUCGGUGAGCUUCCGUGACUCGGUCGUCGAGUUCAGUACCAGCCCGCUCUCGAUGUUCUACAUUCCCGUCCGCACGCUUUCACAGGAGCACUCGAUCGAUCCCCCAGGCGAGGAGCUGCUGCUCAAGUACAUCCCGGAUGGCAACCACAAAUGGACUGAGCUCGAGGUCGACACCCGCGACCCCCAGGAGCCGGUGGUCCGCACCACCGUAUUUGUGGACGGCAAGGAGGCAUGGCGCCUGGCGGUGCAUGGCCGUCCUGUGCGCCGCACGCAAGGCGCUCUGGGUUCGCUCGCCAAGAGCUUGAUGGAGCUUCUCGGAUUCCGUAAUUUGCGUUGGUUUGAUUAA